CGUGAAAGUCGUCGACGCAGUUGGGCCAACGUUGCGUAUGAAAGUUUGCCAUACGAUCGGGAAAGAUUUUUUUUUUGAAAAGCGCAGGCGUGCAACGGUUAUUUUUGUCCCUUUUCGGCGUUUCAUUUCGUGCCGAAUGGCAUUUUUUUUCGAGUGUGGUGGCUGAGUGAAAAUCAAACGCAUUUCGUGCAUAAUUUGUGGAAUUUUACACGUUGUAAAAUCGAAUUUUUUAUUGUGCAAAUUGAUUUUUUUUCCUUUUUGCUUUCUUGGCUUUUCGUUUGCUGUGCUGUGGGGGGCAACAGCUAAGAAAUAAUGCAGCCACAUUAAGCGGGCAAACAAUAAACAAAAAAAAAAAAAAAAAAAAAAAAAAAAAAAAAAAAAAAAAAAAAAAAAAACUAAAGAGUCAACAGCAAUUACAAGGCACUAAAAACCGGAGGAAGAGUGAUCUCUCUUCGGGAUCAGGAUGUCGGCUGCCACGCACAUGGCAAUGCCGGCUCAUGCCGUCGUCCCGCCGCCCGGAACACCGCCCGUCUUAGGGGGUAGUGGUUGCUCCAGCCUGAGUCUGCCGGCGGGUAAGCGUGGCCACAAGCGUAGCGUUUCGCUGGAGAACAAUGCCCCGCUGACCCUGCGCAGCACACCCAGUUUGGGACAAUCCUCGUUGGGUUCACCACUACUACAGUUUGGCCAUGGUCAGGGACAAGGCCAUGCGCAGGCCUUCCACACGGGCACUUUGAAGUCGCGCCAGGAGCAGCGCCGGCUGAGCCAGAAGUUCGGGAGUCACAGCAAUCUGGACGACGAGGGUGUGGGCAUUGGCGUGGGCGUGGGCCUCCAGAUGCGCAGCAAGUUCCAGAAUAUUCGUCAAAUGUUCGAGCUGAGCCGCAGCUGCGUGGGCGGAGGCGGUGGCGGUGGCGAUGGUAGAGGGGGUGCGGCCGAGGAGGAGGCAAUGCAAUCUCUGCCAGCAACAUUGCCACAGCAACAGCAGCAGCAGCAGCAGCAACAUCAUCAUCAGCAACCGCAGCAGCAGCAGCAGAGGCGGACCACGCCCAUCACCGGCGGAAGUCGCCAGCAACAGCAACAGCAUUUGGGCGAGGCGGAACAGACCAGCGGCAACUUUCUGCGGCCAAUUGCCUUUAAGCCCAUUCCGUUUGAGCCGGACUACCGCAUCGCCUGCCAGCAGCAGCAGCAGCAUCAGCAGCAAUUGCAGUUGCAACACCAACAGCAGCAGCAGCAGCAGCAGCAACAGCAGCAACAGAUGCAGCUGCAGCAGCAGCAACUGCAACAACAACAACAGCAACUGCAACAUCAGGGGCUGCAGCUGCCGGCGGUGGAGGGUGGACCAGCGGUUAGCGGCGGGGCAGAGAGAUAUGGCUAUGGAUCGACGCCGUCACUUGCCCCACUGCCCACCGCAUCGGCCCAGAAGUUUGGCAGCACCACCGAUCUGCGACACCUGGCUGCUCGGCGCCGUAAUCAUCGUCUGCUGCAGCGCUCCAGCAAUGAAGAUGCCCUCACCCUUGACCUCUUGAGUACAGGAAGCCAUGAUAGACCCGAUGGAGCCAGCAGCAAGAGCAGCGGCACUGUGGUGGGCAGCAGUGACCUAACGCCCUCACCCUCCGACUCUGGGAUCUCGGAACUGGAGGCGGCACUCAAGGAUCGGGACUCGGAACUCUCGUACCUGCGACAGGCCAUGGAGCACAAUGAGAAAGUAAUUUUCCAAGUACAAAAGGAUAAGGAGGUGUAUUGGGAGCAUGAGAACCAGCGGCUGAGACUCUUCUACGAGGGCCAACAGCGGGAAUGUCAGCUGAAGUUGCGCAAAAUGGAGCAGCUCCUUGGCCUGCAGCAGUUCCAGCUGAAGCAGCACAAGCUGCGCCAGUCGGAGCAGGUGAAUCGCCUGCAGCAGCAGCUCGAUUUGGCCAGAGACUCCAGCCAGGGACUUCAGCAGCAGGUGGAUGCAUUGCGUCAUCAGCUGGAGGAUAGCGAGUGGCGGGUCUGCGAGCGCAACGGGGAGAUAGCUUUACUCAAGACGCAGCUCAAGGAGGCGCAUCUGGAAAUCAACAUGAAGGAUCAUGCGAUUGUCAGCCUGAAGCACAGCAGCAACAGGAGCAGCAGCAACAGCAACAGGAGCAGCAACAGCAGCAGCAAGUCCUGCGACACAACCACAAGCCAAAGUCAACCAAAGCAGCAGGCGAUGGAGGAGCAGCAGCAACAGGAAUUGCAGCAGCAACAGCAACAGCAGCAACUCAAUCAUCAGCAACAGCAACAGCAACACAAGCAACCACUCCAACCUGACCAGCAGCAGCUGCAGAAGAUCAUAACCCUGAAGGAUCAGGUGAUCGGAGCCCUGACCAGCGAGCUGGCCAAGUUACGCAAAGAGCUCUCCGACUUGGCCAUUGCCCAUGAGUACGGCGAAGAGCCAUGUGGCCGGUAUACCCGCCUCAAGCAGCAGUUGGACAACCUGAACGAGAUCUGCCAGAAGACCAGAAAGUACACAAGCACUUCCACAUCUCCGCCAGCAGCAGCAGUAGCAGUAGCAGCACCUCCUCCACCACCUCCAGUAGCAUGUCCCCAGGAGCUGCCGCUGCCCAAGUUGGAUGUUCUGGUGCAGAGAUUGCAACUGGAUCAGGGACAGGCUCCGCAGCAAACGCUGGACACGCUCAUUGAAGAGUCCACCACAUAUGCUGAGGAUAUAGCCAAGCUUCGGCAGAAACUGGAUGACUUCCGCUUGAAUCUGGAGCUGGAGAAGCGUCAAUGGAGCGCCGAGAAGGACAAGGUCCUGGGCUAUCAGAAGCAACUGCAGGCCCACUACAUUCACAUGUACCAGAAGCUGCGCUGCCUGGACAGUAGCCAAGGUUCGGGUAUGGGGGCUGGAGCAGCUUCUGCCCAACUGGAGGCCACCAAUGGCAAUUGAAGGGAGUUCUCUUUGGGGAAAAUACAGGCAAUGGUGCUAUCGCCGCUGGGGCAUUAAACUAAGAAACUAAAAACAGUCUUUAAAUUGCAAGUUUUGGUUUUAAAUUUUCACAGCAACAGGUGUUUUUCAAAAUAAUAGUACUUAAAAGAUGUUUUUUCUAAAAGUAAUUAGUUAAACUAAAUGAAAAUAUUAUACUCUUAAGUAUUUAUGUUGGCGCUGCUUGUUUUUCUAUUUAAAAACUUGAAUUUUGAAUCUGUUAAAAUCAAAAAUGUCUUUUAAGACGUAAAGAAAAAGAACUCUGCUUAACUUUUAGUUUUUCAGCUUUUUAAACUCAUUUUAAAGGCUAUUAUUUUGAAAGCAGCUGUUGGGAAAUUCUAUUCUCUACUAAACCAUAAUUUUACAAAUAUUAUUUCCUAGGCAAAUAUGGCAAAAGUGUGCUUAAACUAUAAAAGAUUCUGCCUAAAAGUUAGUUGACAUUUUUAUACAGUCAAAAGGAAAAGAACUAAGAUUAUUUUCAGAAUUUCCAUAAAGGGAAACGCUACCUAACUUUCGUAAGCCUUACACUCUGAUAAACACUCUGAUAGUCCAUAAGCCAACUUCUGGUCUUUAAGUCCUCAACUCUUGACUUUACUUUCUCUCUCUCUCUCUAUAAAACCUUAAACUUUAGGUCUUACCAACAAAUUUCCUACCAAGACCAGUGAGUUGAGACACUUUCCCCUCCUCGGCGAUAAAUAAUACACGAUUUUCGAUAUUACUAGAGUUGAUAUAUGGAAAACUCUUUUCAAUAUUUAUACAAAAUACAUUCGUAAUUGAUUUUUUUGUUUUUAAUAUUUUACAAAUAUACGAUAUAUAUGUCUAUAUAU